AUGGAAAGUGUAGACCAAGAAAAAAGAGCUCGGAAAGGCUGUGGUAAACUUUACAGAGUGAUUUUGAAUGGAUAUGUUAUUAUUCUGGAUGAUGAGAAAUAUUUUGGUUUAAGUGGUGAUAAUGUUCAAUGCAAUCAAAGAUAUUAUACAACUAAUCCAUUAACAACUCCAUCUGAUGUUAAAUAUAAAAAGAAAAAGAAAUUUUCACCAAAACUUUUAGUGUGGAUGGUUAUGUUAUCCAAAGGCGUAUCCGAUAUUUAUGCGCAUAAAAGUGAACAAGCAAUCACCAGCAAUAUUUGUUUAAAUGAAUGUAUUAAUAAACGAUUAUUACCAUUUAUUGAAGAACAUCAUAAAAAUAAUGAUUUCGUCUUUUGGCCGGAUAAAACUAGUGCACAUUAUGCUGGUGUUGUUCUUGAUCGAUUAAAAGAAAAAAAAAUAACAAUUGUGCCUAAGUCAGAUAAUUCACCAAAUGUGCCUCAAGCACGUCCAAUUGAAACUGUUUGGAGUUUUUUGAAACAAAAAGUGUAUGCACAAGAUCUUGCAAAUUAUCAAGUUGAUUUUCGUGAAGCAUUACAAGUUAAUCUUAAUGGAUCAUUAACAACAUUUGUAUCAUAUCCACCAUCAAGUGGAAUUAUUCUUUCAUUUAUAUUGAAUAUUUUACGAGGUUAUGGCUUUAGUCCAAAAGAUUUAGAAAAUCUAACAACUACUACUUUAUUUUAUCAUCGUCUUAUUGAAGCAUUCAAAUAUGCUUAUGCUAAAAGAAGUGAACUUGCUGAUCCAUUGAAAAUUAAUAUAACUGAUGUAUGUUGA